CUGCCUUUCUACAUUUAGACUAUGAUAAGCGGCACGCGCCCAUCCAGUUGGAUCUUGUGAUGAUGGCCUUCACUUAUGCGCAUCGUGCUGUUGUGAAAUUUCGAGGCAGAGUACAAGGGGUGGUGUCAAAUAUAUAGAAAUUAACCUUUAGGUGUAGCACCAGAGUCAGUUCGAGUUAGUUAUUGCAUUUUGCGUACCAACUCGUGAAAGCAGGAAGCGAAGACGAGAUGGAGACCCUGCGGAAGUUGGCCGACAUCCCAGAAGACCGGUUCAAGAAGCCGCCGUCAUAUUUCAGUCAAGACUGGAUCACCCAUGUACAUGCACGAAGCUUUGGCUCACGACGAGCGCCGGAAUUCCAGCAGGUGGACUCGACGUCAACAGAGCUUCUGGGGAAGAUCGCGGAGCUCGAGCGGAGGCCGUUGGGCGACGGCGCGCCGGGAAUUGAUCCGCAGAGUGAAGAUGCGACGGCAAGCCUAAUGCUAGUAACGCUGAACCGUGACCGGGACGAGAAAAUCAUCCUAUCGAAGUCGACGUUCAUGGAAAUCUACCAACGGUUCGGCAUCGAUCAGCGGUUUCUCCAGCACAUCAGCACGAAUCGCUAUGGGCUACAUUACGACUGGAACGGGCAGGUACUAUCGUACUACGUGGGCACAGCGCUGUAUAUCCUCAUGUGGUCUUUCGAUAGACGGACACGCGCAACGCGGGCGAUUUUGCUCUCGAGGGAUUUUAUCAGCACUGGGGAGCUUGGGUCGCUGCGACAACUGCUCCAACUAGAGAUUAGGAGAAUGCACUCUCCGUUUCUAUUAGCUUGGGUCUCGUUAGUCCAUUUAAGUAACUGGAUGGACUCGAGCACAUAUUAUCUCCUCACCACCAUACGACAGCUCGAAGAGCUCACAGGCUAUGGUCCGUAUGGAAUGCACACGACGAAAAGCGAAAUUCCCAUCGAUCAGCUGACGCAAGCCUCGAAGAACGUCGGCUACGUGCAAGUGAAUCUAGCGAACCAGCUGCGCCACGUCACGAUUGGUCAGGCCAUUGCUUCGCACAUCUCUUCGAGAAAACCAAAACUCGCAGACUAUGCCAUCGAGCCGUUCAUCGGAGAUUGCGAGAGGGAGAUCGAUGAGUUCCACAUGACCACGAACACUCUGAAGAGGAGUCUGAACGAUUCCGCCGCGUACGUGUAUUACCUGCAGGAGCGUGUUAAGAGCCAGAACACGGUCGUCUACGCGCUCAUGCAGCAGGCGGAUGCGAAGAUCAAUAUCGGCUUGGCGAAGGCGAGUAAGGAGCUUGCCGAGGCUGCGAAGAAAGACAGCUCGUCGAUGAAAUCGAUCGCUAUCAUGACAAUGCUAUUCCUUCCAGGGACUUACUUUGCUGCUCUCUGGGCAGUGCCAUCUCUCAAGUGGGGACAAGCAGACGUGAUACAGUCAGACUUCUGGGUAUACUGGGCCUUCACCCUUCCAAGCACGCUCCUCAUCUUCAUCGUCUGGUUUGGAUUGCACAAGUGGAGGUUCUCCCGGUCCUUAAGGCCACCGCCAAUGCAGCAGCUCGCAGGGUACGAGGCGCUCGCGGGGCAGUCUGCGGAAUCUUAUCACGGGUUAACAGCAGCAGCGGCACCAGCGCCAUCUACGCAGUAUACGACAAUGCCGCCUUCGAAUUUCUCGGCUCCCCCGCUUCCUCCAAGUUUUCCUCCCGACAUACCUCUGAAACCGGCAGAUGCGUACUCGGCGCCGGCUAUGCCGCCCCCGGAUACAUACAAUGCGAGGCCGCCCAGUUAUGGAUUGCCUCCUAGGCAACCCGACGCUCAUAUGUACUCGGCACCCCCCUUUAUGAUCCCCGAAGAGCCUUACUCGGGAGUCCCGUGAUUGCGUACUCGGUACCAGCGGUAUUACUGGCGGACCAACAAGACCCAUAUGGUAGACAGACGUCUGCGCCGGCAACGUAUCGAAUAUCGUUUUAUAAUGGCGCUCAAAGCCCGUGGAUAUUUUCUUUUUAUCUUUUUUAAUUUGCUCAUGGCCGCUCUCCUCUGUUUUGUGUAGUGCAAGCGUAUAUGAAGCACUUUUUGUAUUAGUCAGACACUUUUGAAUAUCUAGAAACAAUGGAAUGAGUUCAAUAUUUCAGGAUCGGAAACAUAGAAGAUAUGGAGUCUGAUUUUGAAGCUAUGUUCAUUCAGAGAUUCGUUGACUGCUCGAGCAUAAC